CCCACCCCUGGGCCUGUGGCUCAGAUGCUCUCCCCUCCACCCCGACUUCGCGUCUGCCUUCGGUCGGACCUGUAUCCCGCUCUGUGCCAGGCCAGGCCCCAUGCUGCUCUGCAGGGUUCUGCUGUUUUUCGUUCCCUGUGUUGGGCAAAGUGCCUGGCUGCACCUCCGAGCCUGGCCAGACCCCGUGUUCGAGGGAGACGCCCUGACUCUGCGAUGUCAUGGAUCGACGAACAAGGCCCUGUCCCAGGUGCAGUUCUACAAAGACGGAAAAUUACUCCAAACCCCGAAGACCAGAUGGUCCCUGUCCAUGGGGACGGCUACCCUGGAAAGCAGCGGCCAGUACAGCUGCUCUGGGAAGGUGGCCUACGUCCCAUACCUGGGCAGACAAACCUCAGAGCUGGUCAAGGUUCAAGUCCAAGAGCCGUUCCCGCCUCCUGUGCUGAGUGCUGUCCCCUCUCCCGAGCUCCGUGAGGGGAGCCCGCUGACCCUGAGAUGCCAGACGAAGCUGCACCCCCAGAAGUCAGCCUCGAGGCUCCUCUUCUCCUUCCAUAGAGAUGCCAGCACCUUGCAGGACUGGGGCCCCCACCCGGAGCUCUACCUCCCAGGAGCCCAGGAGAGAGACUCUGGGCUUUACUGGUGCCGGGCCACCCUUGAGGGUGGUGUGGCCCAGAAGCAGAGCCCCCAGCUGGAGGUCAGGGUGCAGGUUCCUGUGUCCCAGCCUCUACUCACCCUGAGACCUGGCCCCACCGGCCUCGCUGUGGGGGCCAUGGUGGAGCUCCUCUGUGAGGCCCAGAAGGGCUCCCCUCCAAUCUCGUACUUGUUCUACCUGGACGGGAAGAUCCUAGGGAACAUCUCAUCUCCCUAUGGAAGAGCCACCUGCUUCCCGGUCACCGUGACGUCAGAGCGGGAUGCCAGAUACUCCUGCCGGGCAGAGAAUUAUGUUUCCGGAGAGACCAGUGAGCCCAAGAUACUCUCCCUGGAUGCACUCAUGGUCACCCCUACCUGGGGCUUGUCUGCCCCCAACAGCCCCCACUGGCUGGUUGCCGGGCUGUCCGCGAGCCUGCUUGGUGUGCUGGUCAUCGCCACUGCGCUGCUGGUUUGCUUCAGACCCUGGAGAAAAGCUGGUCAGUAACCUUUUUGACUUUCUUGGUGGGUGAAUCCCUAUGCCGGGCAUUCCCCAGCCUUUGGAAGGCCUGCCGGGGCCAGCCGCUUCCUUUUCCGGGGUGUUGGGUGAGAGGAGGGACUUCUCUUUACAUGUCGCCCACAGUAGUCCACGGAGGGACCCUUACAGCUUCCAAAACGCACACACACGCCGUCCCCCAGGGAUGUGCACAACACACGACUGCACGCUUGGGCAUGAAUGGAGGCACAGCAGAGGAAUUCUCACCCGCCAAACGCAAGCGCCAUCAGACUCUUUCACUUUCGAAAGAUAAUCUGUGGCUGCAAAUAUAGCAGGGAAACCCCGGGCCUCCAACCCUCUGUCACUAAGCUCAGCAGAGGAGAGAGAGAGAAUGAGAAGCCCGAUGCGUGUCUGUGCGCCUGUGCGCACACACCCCUCUUGUCCAGCGCCGAGCCCGCGGUGAGUGCCCAGGGGACAUUCAGCCAUCCGAAAGGAACACGGUGGAGAGGACCAAGCAAUGGCCCGCUCCCAACACCGCUAUUUACUAAUUCUGUGACCUCGGGCCAGUUCGUGAAGUGUCUCCCUCCCGGGGUUACUGUGAGCAUUUCGGCUGAUGACAGCUACCUGACAGGUGACGUGUUGGGCUGGCACUGGGUGGGCGCUCAGUACAUUCUCCGUCUAGUCAACGCAGAUUCCCCAGACCACCCCUUCUCCUGCCACACGUCCCCUAGUCUCUCCCGUCCCGUCGGAACCGCUGAAAAUAAGAAGCGUGGUUAGAAUUCAGAUGCAGUGGGACCCAUAGAGAGAAAAAGGGAAAGCAAUCAGAUAAAUGGCAUUUCCAGGGAGCCCAUUGAUGUUGGGAGACCCUCCUCCUCUCCUGUCCGGUCAUGACGAUGAAGCAGGAAUGGGGGCUCCCACAGCCAUCACCUUGGGUGGCUCCACACUUAUUCCUAUUCUAAUCUUUC